AAUGGUAUCAAAUUUUCGCUUUACAGAAACCACCUCGCAGUCGAUCAUCGUCAGCUAGCCGUAAUGAGGUGCAAUUUUCAUCAAUCCCACAGCUACUCAGUCAUCCAGAUGACCGGUUUGAUGCUGAUAUGAGCGGAGAGCCAUUCCGCUCAACAUCUGAACAUGAAUUGACUCCACAUACAGAAAAAGCUGGAUCAAGGCUAAGCGUCGCAACUGCACUUGCUGUUGAUGAAGAACUUCCUUUCAAGUAUUUGCUAAUUGCAAUCAUAUCAAUACGACUAGUUCGCAAUAUCAUUAAAAGUCAUCAUCAGGCUGGUAUCGAUAUGCAUAAUGGUAUGUUGACAGUUCCUGUGCACAGUGCUCCUAGCUCGGAAAUCAUCACUGCUGGAAACAAUCCACCAAGUCGAACACCAUCCUUAAAGAGCCUGAAUACUGUGCCAUCACCCUUGAUUGUAACGGACGCUCUCACGCCGAAACGUGCACCAUACGAACUCAAAGAAGAAGACUAUAAUUCGCCAGCCAGCUUCAACAGGACUCUUUUCACUCGUGAAGCAUUCCAGAGACGACGACACAAAGAGGUGUGA